GUGGCAGCAGGCGUCGUCGGCUAUCAUGGCGUCGUCGUAAGUGUCGGCCCGUGUUUAGUUUCUGCUGUGAAGCCCGCACACGGUCUUAAGUUUCGUGUUGUGACUUUCCCCCGGAGAAUCGUCCGCGCAUCGCAGCGCGAUGUUUAGCCGAACGUCAUCCGAUCAUCGCUGAGAAACGCACGUCGAGGUGGAAGCAAGGUAACCGCGAGGCUCGACGAACGGGCCGAAAAGGUAUCUCGCGACGACGAGGGAGCUCCUCGCUCCACGCAAAAUGUCGCGGAAGAGCAGGAAGCGAAAGUCAAACGGCGAAGAACAAGCCGUACUCGAUGGAGAGCAAGAUAAUUUCUUUUCCGACGAGAUACGGGACGAGAUGGAGACAAUGUGGGAGAUACCGCAAAUUUUUCACUUUCUCCACCUGACGAGGGAAUCCCUCAAUAUACCUCAAUUGUCUAUGUAUGAGAUGGAGAGGAUGCUUUCGAUACCAAGAGCGUCGAAGCAGUUGGCAAAUAUCAUGACGUGUCUGCUAAGCUCUCCGAUUAUCAAAGCAAAACUACGCAAGGUACCACCGAUGCCGUAUGAAUUUUGGAUCAACAUCCUGGCGCACAAGAUGGGGAGUUGGUUCAAAGUUUAUUACUCCAAGCACAAAGAUGCCAUCAAAGUUCUAGAGACCAUCGGCGUCGAGCCGGAGUUUUGGAAUAUAUUUCCCGACGCUUCGUUGCUCGACGGCAAGGAUUUCGAGAACUUAAGUUUCAAGCAAAGAGCCUGGUUACUGAAAACAGUCUGUGAUACAAUCAUGCAUACGAGGAAAACUGUUCAGGAGGACAUGGCGAAGCAACCGUGGGAGGACCAAUUCGAAACGACUCUGGGAAUCGACCGUUACGGAGCGAGAUAUAUCUAUUUUCCGCAAUUCAUUGCGAGCGAUCUUAGGAUUUACAGGCUUUGCCUGGACAAUAAAAUCUUUUCGACCGUCAAGCCUGUCAGACCAAAGCAAGAGGCAAACUCGAACACGGCCAAUUCACUCCGCGCAAAGUUGAACAGAUACAGGAUAAGGAGAGCGCAAUCUAGCAAUAAUAAUAAUAACAACAACAACAACAACAAGAAUCUAUCGGAGCGACCAAACAGGUGCGAGAGUAGAAUCGAAGAUAAAGACCUCGGCUACAAAUGCAACAACGACAGCGCGACAAGCUCGUUUAUCAGUGAGGACACGAACCUAAGUAGUACAAGCACAUGCAGCAAUAAUAACAACAUCAGCUUGGACGCUGUCAAUAGGAAGCGUUGCAGGAGUCUGUCGAAGAUGUCCGAGGAGAGCGUGCUGUCGAACGCGAGAUCCAGCGGUUACGACACCAACACCUCUAGCGACAACAGAUCUCUCGACGACGACGACGCGAAGGUUUUCAAAGGUUUCUCUAACAUUCAAAGCGAUAAUUGCAAGAUCGGAAUGAUCAACGGCAUAUUGGACGAUCUGAAGUUGGAGAUCGAUGAAAAUAAGGAGCAAAAUGGCUGCGAGAGCAACAAGUUGGAGAGAUCAAAGGGAGGUCGAGACUUUGAAGGUUUUUGCAAUAAAAUAGCAGAUUCGUGUGUCGAAAAGACAUUGACUGUUGAGAAAAAAGAAAGUGAACGAUCGGUCGACCAUUUGACUGGUGUUUCAAAGACAGACGAUGAGAAACUGAACGAAAUAAUCAUAAGUGCCGAGAGUUCCAAGUUACCUGCCGGUGUAUGUUCCGCACGUGUAUCAGUCAGUGAUAACGUAGGUGAUAAUAUAUCAACGUCGUCCAAGUCGGACGACGAGAAGUUGAGCGAGACCAAGUCCGGCGGUGAUAAUAUUAGCGAUAAUUGUAAAGAGAACGGUGUAAAUAGAAAUAGAACUUUUAACGGGGCGCACCGCGCAUCUUUCAGCAAUAAAACGUCGUUAAGUAACAGAGUGUCUAGGCGGAAAAGUGACGGGAACAUUUCUCCGUCGCGCAAGGCAGAAUCGAACGAUUCGAUCCAAGAGAGAAGCCCGUGCAAGAGACAGCUACGAUCUCGACACCGGGCGACGCAGGAUAACGCGAAAGAUGCAGUCAAAAAGGCAAAGAAGGAGACGAAGAAGCGAGUGGAGUCGGGAGACGAAGCUGUUGUGAAUUCUUCCGCGAGCGAGGCACACUUGGAAGAAACCGUGGACGAUGAUUCAGACGAUUACACGAAUUCCGACCACGGUUACAAUCUGCGGAGAUCCAGCCGCUUGAAAACGGACGAGUGCAAGAAGCACUUCAACAAUCUGCUCUCGGACCUUAGCGUUUCCGAUUUUCACUUGGUAGUCGACAGCGUGGAAGCAUUGAGAGAUCUCAUUUCUAGUUUCACAGAAGGUGAAUCGAAAGGCACCGAUGUCGAUAUCGCCGAUAUUGUUCCUUUGUGUGAAACCAAGUUAGUAAAGAGGCUGACCGAAUUGCUAAAUUCCUUGGAGGAUGUAGAAACCACUUUGAAGGAUGCCACGCGAAAGGCAAAGUCAAAGUUGCAAAGGGAAUGGUCCAACUUGAAGGAAGGACAAGUUGGUGUGUGUUGUAGCAGUGUGGAGGAUCAGGAUUCAUCCGCAGAGGGUGGUCUCAGCUCUAAUUGGUGGGUUCUUGGAUCGCAGGGCUGUCCACUGUCAGCUCCCGGAGACGCAACGUUACAAACGUUACCGCAGCUUGCCCUAUCCUCAUUUGGCUCCCAAAGCCAACAGCCGUGCCCCGAAAGCGGCGAACACAAGAAUGAGGACAAGAGCGCCGAGCGGGAUUGCUGCGAGAGCCGGGAGAGCGACGGCGAACGGCGAAGCGGCGACGAGAAAGCGGGAGUCAAGGCCGAAGGAGGAGAGCAAGUCGAGAAGAAGGAACAGGAGCGAAAACGCAAACGGGAACGUAAACACAAAGAAGAAACCGACGUCACGUCAAACGGCGAAGCAGAUGCGGAACAAGAAACGCGACGAGUACUACGAGCGCGUGGCAUCUCCUCGUACACAGAGCAAUUUUACUCAGACUAUGAGAGCGACCAGAACGAGCUGGAAGAAUGGACCGACGUUGAGGCAGUCUACGCGGCUCCCGGCGCACCGGCCGAUACAUCCGCUUCUCACAUUGCUCCGAAAGUCCGAUACGCUGACGACUGGUCGGAGACGGAGGACUCAGAUCAAGAUUGGAUUCUACCGGGCACUCGCAAAAGGAAAAAUAAACGUCCGCCUACCAAUCGAAGGAUAAAAUCGUUUCAGAACAAGUUGCAAAACAUUCGAGAGAACGCAUCCCAGAGCACUGUAGCGUUUAGUAUGCCUAAUCCAAGUGGCGCGAAAACCGGCAAGGAUAAAUCCAAGGAUAAUAGCAAAGAGCCGAGAUCGGAAACUCCAAACGAUACAAAGCUCUCUAACGGUCGCGAGCGGUCUGCAGCUAGUCAUCGAGUGAAAGCCGCAAAUCCCAAGCAAGCGAUACCUCUCCAAGAUGCAGUCUGCAAGUUCGAGACUGGCAGCAGUGUGCACUCAGAGUUAGACAUCAAGGACGAGGGUCCGAUCUACGAGUCCAAUGCGGGUCAAUAUGUCAAAAACUACAACUUGAAUCCGCAACAGAACUACGUGCUGAAGAAUGACUCAAGACCCAUCGACUAUUACGCGAUACCUCAAACCAUCAGCAUACCGAAUAUGCCAGUGGUCCGGCAAGAUUAUUACAUACAGAGCGCGCCAAAUUACAUAAUACAAAAUCCGCAGGCGAGCUUCUUGUCACCCGCACAGCAGCCUCAACAACAACCACAGCAACCGACCGUGAUCUAUCAGCAACAGGCAAUAUUGGCCCAACCUUUCGUCAAUAACGUUUCUUAUGCUUACACGACGCAGCCCCAGUUCAACGUCGUCGCUAAUAACCCAGCGUUGACAAGCCAGCCGCAGCCGAGACCGCAGAAUCCGGCUCAACCAGCAACGAGGCCGCAGAGCCGACCAGCCGGUCAGCAGAACAGGUACAUCGCACCUCGACGGAAUCCAGUGCAGCCUAACGUUACGAUAACGAGAGGCAACGCGCCUUCCCGGGACAACUGUCCUAAACCAGCCGCUAAGCCAAAAUCCGUGAGAAGCAAGAGCCAACAGCCACGUGCGUCCAACUCCAAUGUGACGCCCAGACGCAGAUCGACGCCUCAGAUAUCCACCACGGACAGCAGCGGUCAGCAGAAGACCACGUCGUUGAUUGUGCUGAGCGACAGCGACGACGAGAUAGAGAUGAUCAUCACGGAGAAGAGCGCCGGUAACAACGAGAAAGGCGCGUCGACCUCGGCGCCAACGGACAGGCCCAAGGUGACGCCUCCGAGAAGUGCGAAUUCGACGAAGCAGAUACCUAUCGUCACCUCCGACGCCUUGAUCCCUUCGACGAAGGGCGUCAUACCGCCACAGAUCAUCGAGCGGAUGAAUCAAGGCGGCAUAUCCAUCACUCCGGUAAAGAGCGCUGCUCCGCAGACGGCGUCGAAUACGCAGCUGGUGGUGGUCGUGAACGAGACCGGGAGCCAUUACGCGUUAGCAUUGCCCAACGGAAGCAAGCUCAUACUCACUCCCGAGCAGGUGGCGCAGAUCAGAGCGUCGAACGGCGGAAAACUGAUAUUGUAAAGUAAACGCGGCGACGAUGUCGGCUGAUCUUUAACCACAUGAGCGGUAUAUGCGUGUGUGCGUGUGACUGUAUGAGUGCGUGACUCCGCCUUGCUCCCUAAUUCGUCAAGAACUUUGGCGAUUUUGCUAAGCGAAUGUGAUAUGCGACAAGGUAAAGGUUCCCCGAUUGCCGGACAUGUUCGCAUAUGUAUGUAUGUAUGUAUAUUCGUACAUACAUACAUACAUACAUACAUACGUACGCGAAGACUUUGCGAUUCCUCCGUUCAUCAUUUGAAAUAUCGAAUGAAUCUGUUCUUAUUUCUGUUGCGAUAUUAACUCCUUCACUCAGUGAUCAGUCAGUUUAUGUAUACUACAUAUGAUGAUAAAAUUGCAUAAUCUAACAUUAUUACACUGUUACAAAUGAACCGCAAAUUAAUGAGACAAUUGCGGAUUUUAUCCACGAUAUUUCACUUAUAAAGUAUGUAUAUAUACAUAUAUGUAUAAAUAAAUUAUCAUAAUGAUUAUUAUUAGAUUCUUCACAGAUAGAUGGCAAAUCAUUUCAUCUGCUGAAAAAGUUCAACAAUCAUCAGACCGAGUAUUUUAGAUUGGUCGGAUAUAUCGAUCUGUCGCCACGUCCUAAAACUGAUGUUUUCUCAAAUAAUUUCAAUUCAUGUAUCCUUCAUGCAUCAAUAGCAAAUCUUUAUGGUCUCUCCAUUAAAUUAUAAAAUAUUGAGUGCAUAAAAGUUGUUUAAUUUCAGCUU